GUCAGCGUGUGUUUUACAGGCAUGAGGCGCAUACUCAGUACGAUUAUAUUGAGACAUAUUUGCUUUAUUGGAGGAAAUCUGCCCUCUCGUGCCACUAGGAUAGUAGGGCUGCCGCGCGUUUUUACCUCGAAAUACUGCAGCGGAACCAGUAUGGACCUGAGUAACAUGAGGAAGAGGUACAAAGGAGAUCUGGAGUGCUUUGAGGAGAGUCAGCUCGUGUCUCUCGACCCCAUCAAGCAGUUUGGAAACUGGUUUGAUGAAGCCACCAAGUGUCCUGAAAUAGGAGAGUCCAAUGCUAUGUGCCUCGCCACUGCCACCAAGGAUGGACGUCCGUCCGCUCGCAUGGUCCUCCUGAAAGGUUACAGCAGUGAAGGUUUCCGUUUCUUCACCAACUAUGAGAGCAGAAAGGGCUGCGAGCUGGAGAGCAAUCCGCAUGCAUGCCUGGUCUUCUACUGGGAACCACUGAACAGACAGAUUCGCAUUGAAGGCACCGUGGAGCGGAUCCCCUACCAGAGCUCCUGCGAUUAUUUCCACUCCCGGCCAAAGAGCAGCCAGGUCGGCGCUGUCGUGAGCCGACAAAGCACUACUGUGCCUAACAGAGAUUAUCUGAGGCAGAAAAAUGCAGAACUGGAGGAGAAGUACAAGGACACAGAGGUGCCUAUGCCUGAUUACUGGGGCGGCUACAUCGUAAAGCCUUUUUUAAUAGAGUUCUGGCAGGGACAGACAAACAGACUUCACGACCGCAUCGUCUUCACCAAGCUGAAGGACGGAGAGUCCGAGCUGGGAGAGUUUCAGCACGCUGCAGAGGGAGGCUGGGUGUACCAGCGACUGUCCCCAUGAGGAGCAUCAGCAGGCUGUGAAAUAAAGGAGAGGACAUGUUUCAUCUCGACUAUCACUGAUUUAAAAAGAUCACCAUCUUUACCUCACAUUAAUAACCUUGCAUAGGUGCUGUUGUGCGCAGUUUAUCAACAAGCCAAAUGUCACUGUGCUGUUUUUGAGGUGAACCAUGUGUGCUAAGUGGAUAAGUGGAGCAGCGUGGCACAAUCUGACUGUGCAACUUUUGAGUUUUCCAUGCUUUGUAAUGGAAAAAGGGCACUGGCCUGAAAAAGUGGAGCAAACUUUACCCACUCAAAAUAAUGAUUAACAGUAUGGCUGUGGUUGUUUAACAGUGCAGUCGUUGACCUUCUAGGACAUGAAAACUGUUUCUUAUUUCUUAAAAAGCACAAUCUGUUCCACUCAUCAACACUUAGCUGCUGUUCUUCUCCAUUGGUGUGAUUAUUUCUGUACAGGUGUGUAGUUUUCUAAAGAAAAUAUGGAAAAUUGAGACAAUUGCUUGAGAAAGAAAGAAAAGUGUGACUGUUUUGCUAAUUAUGGAUUCAGAACAUCAUCUUUGGCCAUAACCUGAACAAUAAAUAUAAAAAUGAAUUUAGAGGCUUUUAUAUGGGGAAUAUGAGAGCAUGCUCAAUGUGUCAUCUUAGAAUUUAUGACAAAGAGAGCUUGUUCCUCAUGAGAAAACUAAUAUUUGUUUCAAAUUCAUUGUUGUCUCUAGACAGAGUUUACUGCCUCAGUCGUGUUAGCAACUCGUGAAAAAAUCACAAGUCUGUUAACUGAACAACUAAAGUAUAUUUUUCUUCUAAUUGGUGACAAAUAUGAUUUUACACUUACAAAUGGAAAAUAUGUGGCCUGUACUGGUGGUUAACUUAAUUUAAAUUGAUUGUAUCAGGCUUAAAUCUAUGGCAGUGACUGCCUUUUAAUAGUGAGAUUAAAAGAGCACGUGAUGUCAUUUGUGCCAACUGUUGUGUGUCCUGUAUUGUUUGAGGAUGAAAUUGUGGUAUAUAGCUUGAAGUAACUGUGGGAAAAUUUUAUUAAUUAAGUUUUAAUUUGUAACUGA